AUGGAUAUAAGUAAUAUAAAUUGUAUGGAUAGGUGGAUACCACUGGGAAUUCUAUGGUUGUAUGCUGAUAAUAUUGUUGACAUAAUUGAUUUGAAUAAUAAAUGUUGGCUGAGUAAAUUACAUGGUUUUAAAGAACUAAUAAAUCUUAAAAAGGUUAGUAAUUAUGAUGUUUGGUAUCAUCUAAGUAAAAUUUGUGAUGGUGUAAGGAUAGAUACAGUGAUUGAGCGAAUUAUUGUGAAUAAUAAUAUUAAAUCUGACUUAAACUUGAUUGAAUAUUGCAGAAAAUACAAUUUGAAAUAUAAUAAUACUAUUAAUUUUCCUAUUGAGAAAUCUGUAAAUAUAUUUAGAGCUAUUGUAUGGAUUAAUUUAAGUAUUAAGUUACUAAGCAAAUAUAAUUGCGAUAGAGCAAUGUUAUCAGUACCAAACUUUAACAGCUUUUAUCAGGUAAUAUUUCAUUUAAAUACUGUGAUAUAUGAUAAUACAUUGGUAUGUAGUCACCGAGACAUAUGUUUGUAUAAUUUAUAUUAUGAAAUGUUAAGAGGUAAUCUGAUUAGAAAUACUACUAAGUAUAAUACAAUCGAAUCUAGCUAUAGUAAAGGUCUAGGAAAGUUAAACUAUUCAUAUUGCAAUAUAUUGGGAUGUUUAGAACACAUUAAGGCACCAAAUUUCUCUUCGAAAGAUAUUAAUAUAAGUGAUUUAAUGGAUUGCAUUGAAGUGAAGAUUGGUAACAUGCCAUAUAAUGGUAAUUUUAUAUUAGAUACUAGUAAUUUAACUAUAAAUAUGGAUACAGGUCACAAAGAAAAUUACAAUAAUAUAAUUCCAAGUAGUAAUUCUGCAAUUACCCCUCCUAAUAAUACUCAGCUUAAUUUGGACUUGAUUGGAUGUGGCUUAAAUUUAAUUCAUCAUUCUAAUAAAAUUCAGGGAAUAAAUGCAUUACUACCUAAGGAAAUAUGGUUAGGUAUUUUAGAUUAUUUAGAUGUAAUGACUUGUAAGGAAUUUGGUAGAACUUGUAGACUUUUUAAAAGCAUAUGGUUAAUACAUAACCAUAAUAAUUUAUUACCACAUCAAAGACAAUCUGUAGCAUGGUUACUACAAAGAGAAUUUGGUUCACUUAAUUAUAAAAAUUAUGUUGAUAAUGGAGACAAUAAUUGGAUAUUUGACAGUAAUCCCAUAAAAUUUCUAAGGCAUUGUAAUGAUGAAUUUAAGAGUCUAUCAUUUUGGUAUUAUAUACCUAUACAAGGAUUUUUAAAGAAUGAAAAUUUGAUUUUAUUAAUUAAGAAAUCUUUAAAUAGUCAAUUAAUCUGUAAUGUUGAUGAAAUAUUCGGUCAAAUAAUUCAAGAUCACUUAUUUGGAUUAAAAAUUCAUCCUUCAAUAAUUCUUGAAAACUUUGAGGAUAUUUCCAAAUUAUUUUGUAAAGAUUGGAUUCCAUCCUGUUGUUUAUAUGUUUCUCAUUGUAACCAGGUAAUAUAUUUUGGAUAUCCACCGAAUUUAAAUGAAAUAAAUUCUUAUACUAAAUUAUCAAUGUAUGGAAAUGAUAUUUUACGAAGUUAUACUCACUAUAAGAAAUAUAAAGAUAGACAAGUCUUUUAUGAGAAUUUUGGAGGUAUUUUAUGUGAUGAUCCUGGAUUAGGUAAAACAUUGACCAUUUUAUCACUAAUAUCUAAAACUCCCAACUGUUUAUCUAAAGUUAAUAUGGAAAAUUUUAGUGAGUCUAGAGUUAUUCACUUCCCACAAGGUGUUCAAUAUCUAGUAAGGGAUAUUCACAAUGGCAAUAUUUCUUUUCUUUAUGAGAAGAAUAACCAGGGAUGUAUAAAUAGACAUUUGGGUGACAAAAUGAACUAUUUAGAAUUUAAAGAAACAUUAGAAAAAAAUAAUAUGGGAAAUAGAAGAAAAUAUAGAAGCAAUUUACAAAAUUCUAGAAUGAAAAGAGAUAUACUUCAGAGUAAGUCAACGCUUAUAUUAGUUCCAAAUCAUUUGAUUCAGCAUUGGAAAAGUGAGUUGAAGAAAUGGUUUGCAGCUUCAAAACUCUCUGAAUAUGAUUGCAGUUUGAGGCAAGAACAAAACAGAAUACAAGAUGAGGAUAGUAUGGAAAUAAGGAAAAAACGUGUAAAAUUUGAUUUAAAUAACUUAAAUAAUAAAAAUGAAAGAGAUUAUUCGGAACCAUGCCAAUCCAAUAAAUUGGAUACAUCUGUUUUGCAUAUGAAUAAAGAAGAUCACACAGUAUUCGGUAAUUUAUUAACUGGAGAAGCAAAAGUUUAUAGCAAGGAGUUAUUUAAUAAUAAUUCCAAUUCAGUAUACUUAAAUCAUAAAGAAGUUGAAGGUUAUAUUGAAGGAAAUGAGGCUUUGCUUCAAUCUCCAAUAUUUAUAUUUGAUGAUCCCAAAAAAGAUGUAAUACCAGAUGCUGAAAUUUUAUCCAGAUCUAAUAUAGUUAUUUUGUCAUAUAGGAUGCUAACUAAACAAUUUCAGAUGUGUAAAAUUAAGAAGGAAUAUACCAGAGUAUCUUCAAAAGUGCAGAAAAACUUUAGUAAAAUAAAAUCUUUAUCUAUAAAUUUUGAUAAAUCAUACAAAAUGUCUUUUAACUCUUUAGAUCUAUCUAAUUCUCAAUUUGAGUAUGUCAAUAGUCCAAUAUUAAAAGUUAAAUGGCUUAGAUUAAUUGUGGAUGAAGGACAUAAUAUAGGGAGUUCAUCUAUAACUUCUUCACUUUACAAACAGUUUAUAUUCAAAAUAGAAUCUAACUACAGAUGGAUAAUGUCUGGAACUCCUUUACCGGUAUCAUUAUAUAAAUGUAUCAAUACAUAUAUUCCAAAUAUAUUUGAAUUCUUAAGAUUGCCUAUCAUUUGGUCCAAAAAGAAGAACUGGAAUUUAGGAGAUGAUAUAAAGAAUGUUUCUAAAGUGAAUAAUUUACCAGAAUAUUUAUCUUUAUCAAAUGGAGAUCUUUCUAGUUCAAAUUUAAUUCAGGAGGAUUUAAUCAUAAAUAAACAUAAUUACUCAGAUGAUUUUAUAUAUGACAAGUUUAUUUCAGAUAAUAUAGUCAUCGAAUCAUCAAAUUCAGUAUUUAAAUCAAUUACAAAGAGAUCAACUAGUGACAAACAUGGUGAUUUUAUUUCUCCUAUGGGACUUUUCGGCUUAAUAUUACAGCUAGGUUCUAUUACUGUAUAUCAUAGGAAGGAUUCAUGUUUGAAGAAUUAUCUACCCAGUUUAAUUGGACCUGAGAAAGUUGUUUUACGUCCUUUUAUUAAAAAUGAACUUUUAGUUUAUAAUAUACUUGUAGAACUACUACAAAGAAAUCUUUUUUGCACAUUCUACAAUACUGAAAAUGUAGAUUCUUUAUUGCAUACAAGUAAUGCACAGUAUAGGCAAGAUAUAUUAUGGAAUUUGCGUUUUUCUUCUGUACUUGGAUUUAUUGUAACUUUAUCAAAACUUGAAGGGAAUAAAGAUCUUGGUAUGGAUUACAUUUAUAAUAUAUGUAAAAUACCAAAACUUUUUGUUAAUUCUCACGAUAUACAAGAGCUUGAAUUGAUGCUAUUGAAUACUCACCCUAUAUAUGUUAAUAACUUAUAUUAUGACAUUUAUUCAAUGGAUAGAUUAAAAUUUGUUUUGUAUCUGUAUUCAAGAUUUAAUGGUGCAGAUUUAGAUUUUGAUUAUGAUGAAAGUGGGUUAAUAGAUAAAAAUUCAUGUAAUUAUAACCUUUCAUAUGAUAGUCAUAGUAAAGCUUUAUACAAAUGUGACAGUUGUCAGAAGUCUGUGAUAUUUCCUUUAAUAAUUCCUUGUAAAUAUUUGCAUCUUACCUGUAUUAAUUGUAUAAUGUUCAAACUAGGCUAUAAACCAAUAGAAGUCAAAUGGGAUAGUAGCGACAAAGAUGAAUAUAAUAAUUUAAAGGGUUAUGGAAAUUUUCAAAGUUAUAUGAAUAAUUUGAAUUGUAGGUAUACACUUCAAUGUAAAAACUCUAAUUAUAUUUCACAAAAUAUUAUUGAGCAUAAUAAAAGAACCAGCAGAAGAUACAUUUGGCCUAAAAGAGCUGGGGUUAAUUACUGCGUCAUUUGUGGACCUGAAAUUAGAAUUAAUUCAGAUUUUUUUGAUAGGUUACAAGUACCUAUACAAAUUAAGUAUCCUGAAUCAGUAUCUUUAAAGGAUUAUCAAAAUCCUCAAAAUAGGGAAUUUAACGCAUAUUCUAGAAGUGAUCAGCACAUUAUCAUUCAAAAUUAUGUAAACUUAUGUGGUACAUUUAGCAAAAUACUUCCAGUUAGUAUUUUAAAUGCUCUCAGGAAAUUACUAAUUGAAUCUUUUGAUGAUCCAAGAAUUGAUUCUAUAUUAACUAGAUUGUAUACUGAAAAAAUUGUGCAAAAUACAGGUGUCAGCACUAACAAUAUGUAUAUAUCUGGAAGUUAUUUUGCAACUUCAGUGCACUCAGCUAAUAAUUUACCUGUAAUUGCUUUAGUAUCUUUAUCAAGUUCAAAAUUACGUUAUGUUAUUCAUUGCAUAUUAAAUAAUCUUGAUACAUAUCCAAGAUCAAAAAUAAUGAUUGUAUCUAAUUUUUGGCAACAAUUGGACUUUCUAUACAAUACUUUAAAUAUUUUUAAUAUUAGAACUUGUAGGUUUUAUCCUCAUAUCCCUAAGGUUGAGUCACUAGUUACAAUUAAUGAUUUUCAAACUAAACCAGAUAUCUCAGUACUUUUACUUUCUGUGGAAUUGGGUUCACAUGGUUUGGAUCUUUCCUGUGUAUCUUUCAUAUAUAUUAUUGAUCCAAUAACUGAUGAAGGAAUUGAGAAACAAACUAUUGCAAGAGCAUAUAGAAUGAGAGAAAUUGUGAGCAAAGGAAGUGGACAGGUAUUUCCUAAAGAUAUUAAUUGUAGAUCUACUUUAGAAUAUCUUUCAUUCGUCAAAGUUACAUAUUGCCUUGUUGAAGAUACAAUUGAGGAUAUUCUUUAUGAUUAUGUGAAGCAUAUGAGGAAAAUACAAUUUGAUAAUAAGUAUAUAAACAGUAGAAGGAAUUUAAAUACAAAACGUAAAAGAUCUUAUACAAAUAGGAAGACAUCACAAGGUGGACAGUCACAUAUAAGAGGAUCAUCACAAAAGUUAGAAAAUAUUCUAAAUCCAAUUAAAGAUGACAUAGAAAUAACUGAAAAUGAAGAUUUAAUAGACAACUUAGAUCCAACACAAGCAUUAUUAAGGAUCUUUAUUAAUAAAUAG